UACUUAAAGAAAAAUUCUUUGUUCAUUUUACAAAAAAAAACUUUGGUGUAAAGUUUUUAAAAAUCGAUAGUCUUACCUUAAUGAAGAACUAUCGGUUCUAGUUAAACAGGAGUCCACUUUACUUCCUAUCGGUAUCGGAAGCUUGCCGGUUUAUUUACAUUUCGGAGCAUCGAACCGAGCAAAUGUUUUGAAAAACCUUGUUUUCCGUGUUUUGGCGCACACCAGCAGCACAAAUAGAGUCCCGAUUUCUCGAACAUGUGUGCAAAUAGCCCCCGCGUCCCCUCUCCCGGAACUGGAGGAUCUCUGUGUUCCGAGGGUCGCCUGAGUUUAUAUUGCUUUGUGAUCACCGCCGCCCUAAUCCUGAUCCCCUCGGUGCCGCAGAUCUAUUAUGGGAUGGUGCCCCAGGUGUGGGGCGCUGUGCUUUGGGGUCCUGUUUUGUAUUACGCCCUGAUCAACAUGAUAAUACGAUUCGUUCUGCGAAACCAUGACUACCAGGUGGCCAUUAGAGCGUCCUUUCUGGGAUUCACAAUAGCCGUAAGUGUCCUGGUUAUUUGCUUUGCACCCUCCGAAUGGCAGCAAUUCGGCGUCUAUGGCAGCUUCAUGUCCUUUUUCCACUACUCUGAGUUCCUGGUUAUCGCCUGGGCCAAUCCGCGCACACUCAGCUUAGAUUCUUUCAUGCUGAACCACUCGGUGCACUAUGGACUGGCUGCUGCAGCCAGCUGGAUCGAGUUCUCGCUAGAGGUCUACUUCCUGCCACAGUUCAAGAGAUUCGGGUACAUUUGGCUGGGUGGCGUAGUCCUGUGCUUUUUGGGCGAAGUCAUUCGAAAAGCGGCCAUCAUCACAGCCGGCCGGAGUUUUACACAUUUGGUACAGGAUGAAAAGCACUCGGACCACAAACUGAUAACGAGCGGGAUAUACGGUGUCUGUCGGCACCCGUCUUAUGUUGGGUGGUUUUGGUGGUCCAUCGGCACCCAGAUUAUACUGAUGAACCCCAUCUGCAUUUGCAUUUACACCCUGGUCAGUUGGCUGUUCUUCCACGACCGCGUAUACGUCGAGGAAUACUCCCUGCUCAACUUCUUCCAGUCGGACUAUGUGCGCUAUCAAAAACGGGUGCCAACGGGCCUGCCCUUCAUCCGGGGCUAUCGGAUCGACUAGUGCCACGGAUCUUGGGUUCAAUGUCACAAACAAGUCCCGAUGGCAAACAAACAAGUUCUAUUUAGACUUAGGUAAAAAACCAACGUACACAACAAUCGUCUUUUGCAUAGCCAAAAAAAAAAAAAAUUGCAAAAGCACAUUAUAUUUUUGAAAAUAGGAUUUUCUAAUAUUUAGCAUGUUGUUUUGUAUUCAUAAACUAGUCAAAGCAUGUUGCUGAUAAUCUAA